AGCACACUGAGGAAAUUCCUGCUGCCCAUUUGUUUCAGUCGGAUCCGCCUGGGGAAUCACUGCAGGCUGGUUCACUCAAGAGUUCUGGGUUUCUGUCCAAGAGGGAUCCAUACUGGAAGGCAGUAUGUCUAAUUUUCCCUUGAGAAAGAAGUCUCCUACAGGAAAUGAUAUGAAGAGUUCCACUCAGGGGACUGCACUGAAGCAACAAGGUUUCCAUGAAAUGAACAAAAGACGAGCUUUCUUGCAGGAUAACAGCUGGAUAAAGACACGUCCUGAAGAGGAAAAAGAUGAAAAUUAUGGUCGGGUAGUACUCAGCCGGCAUAACUCCCAUGAUGCUUUGGACAGGAAAAUAACCGAGAGAGACGUGAGCAAAGUCGCCAUUAGCCGAUAUAGAUCCGAUGACACUUUGGACAGAACAUUGUCCACAUUGAAGCCACCAAAAACAGCCAAGUCACAACCUGGGAGCUUAUUGGAUGUGAACACCACCAAUCGCUCGGCUUCUACGGCUGCUACGACCCCCGUGAAGAAGAAGAGACAGUCCUGGUUCCCUCCACCCCCUCCGGGUUACAAUGCCACCCCGAGUGCAGGAGCCAGCAGAAGGGACUCCGCUGUUCACCCCCCAAUACCUCCGAAACCCACUUCUCCUGUUUCUUCUCCUAACCAAUUGAGACAGGAUACUAGGCAGAUUCGUCAACCUAAAACAGAAACCAACAGACCGGCUGAAAGAAAGAUAAGGAGUCAGGAUCUGGACAACAUUGUCAAGGUGGCUGCUUCACUUCAGAAAGCUGAUAAGGGUGAAGAACUGGAUAAUCUCAUCAAAAUGAACAAAAGCUUGAAUAGAAAUCAAGGCCUCGAUGGGCUCUUCAGAGCAAGUCCAAAGGCAGAACAAACAGCAAAAAGAGCCCAAAGUCUUGAAAGUCUCAUUUAUGUGAAUACCAGGCUAGACAAAGACUGCGAAGGAAAAAAAAGCUUUGGAAGUCUUAAUAAAGUUAAUACAAGGACUGAUGAAAAGGACAAAGGAAGCCAAGAUCUUGAAUCUGUUGUCAAAGUGGAUGCCAGGACUGCUAAGACCAGCAGAAGUUCGAAAGACCGUAAUAACCUCGUCAAAGUGAGUCCAUCAACAGGAAAAAGGAUGCAAGGGUGCCAAAGUCUAGAAAACCUCAUCAAAGUGGCUCUUGAAACAAAUAUGACGGAUCAAUGGAACCAAGACCAGAACAAUCUUAUCCAAGCAACUCCUUCAGCAAACAAAAGAGACCAAAGGCUUGGUGAACUUAUUAGUGUAAGCCCCAAAGCUGUCAAAAACACUACUGGAGGCCAAGAUCUCAACAAGCUCAUCGAAGUGAAUCGUGAAAUUCUUACAGACAACCAAAGAGGCCAGGACCUAGACAAUUUAAUUGAAGUAAAUUCCCAUGUGUCUGAAAAUAAGAAUAGAAGUCUAGAUGGCCAAGUCAAUGGCUUCUCCAGUACUCCUCUGCACAAGGAAUCCACGAGACCCUCUGUCUGUUCUUAUGAAAACAGGGACAAUCUCAGCUCUAGUGCUGGAACCAGGCCCCAAGGACCCAGGGACACCAUUGUAUACACAAGGACAUACGUGGAGAAUAGCAAAUCACCAAAGGAUGGAUAUCAGGAAAAUAUUUCUGGAAAAUAUAUACAAACUGUUUAUUCAACUUCAGAUAGGUCUGUCAUUGAAAGGGACAUGUGCACUUAUUGUCGCAAACCUUUGGGUGUAGAAACUAAAAUGAUUUUAGAUGAAUUACAAAUUUCCUGCCAUUCCACUUGCUUUAAGUGUGAAAUAUGCAAACGCCCUUUGGAAAACCUACAAGCAGGCGACAGUAUUUGGAUUUAUAGACAGACAAUACACUGUGAACCUUGCUAUUCAAAAGUUAUAGCCAAAUGGAUUCAAUAAUGCUGGCAAAUGGAAAUCAAGAUGAAAAAAAAAGCAUUAAGGAAUGAUAACUUACAAGAUGUACUUUAAAAAUAUGUAAUCUAGAAAAGCUUUCACACGGAAGAUCAACUUUGUAUACAAUUAGCAAUCCUGCUAUUAUAUAAAUAAUCUGAUUAUGUUCAAUAAGGUCAUAGACAUAGAAAGACUCAUCUGGUAUCUGUGUAGAUUUAGGUAAAAAUUUCGCAUGGUUCGAGUUAUCAGUGCCAAAGGCAGGGAGCAUUGUCGGCCUAAGUCAAAUGCAUCCUGCCCUAUAAUUUGGCUGUCAUCCAGGUUCAUUAUAAUUCAAUUUCUUACCUGCUCACUUUUAAUUCCUUUAAGAGUUUGGAUCUGUAAGAGAAAUGCUGAUGGAACAUUUCUCACAAAGUUUGGCAAAGAGAUGGAUGUCAACAUUAGGAGUCAUUUGGACUUUAGAAAAUUCAAACUUUCCAGAUUCCUGUGAUAUUAUUUAGGGCACAAGGGGAUUGUAGAAAAUGACUUCCAAGGUCUCUUUAUGGUCCUUAAAUUACUGAUUCUAAAAGAAGUUUGAGUUUGCUCUUUGGAAACAUAUCAUUAUAUGUAUCUGUUAAGCUUAUGAACUAGAUAGAACAUAUAAACAGUUCCAGCUUAGUGUCAACCUUCAUUGUAUUGCAGGCAUAGUUUUUAUAAACUGUUUUUUUCUAAAGAAGGAGAUUUAUGGGUAGUAGGUGAAAUCACUAUGUGUACAAUUUAUGUAUUAUAAUUUGUUAAAUUGUCUUUGCAGGCAUUUCAAAAGCUGGGUACACAAAUCAUCUAUGAGAAGUAAUGGUUAUGGAUGACAAAGACAUGUUGCUUAGCACUUUACAUGUACAAAAUGCUUAUAAAA